AUGAAUUUUUGCUAUACUAAUGCAAAAGUUCUCUCUAAAUUCGCUUUAUUAACUAAUUUAAUAACUAUACUGUUGUGCCGCCCUGCAGAGAACUAUAAGCUGGAAGUGGAAUAUGGAAAGACUUACUUGCUGCGCAUCAUCAAUGCUGCUCUCGAUAACCAGUUCUUCUACAAGGUGGCCGGCCACACUUUCACAGUGGUCGGCGUGGAUGCGACCUACACCAAGCCCUACAAAACAGAUGUGAUCGUCAUCGCACCGGGCCAAACUGUCGAUGCCAUCAUGGUCGCAGAUUCUACCCCUGCUCGCUACUACAUGGCCGCUAGCCCGUAUGCAACCGAAGAUCCUCAGCCGCCAUACUUAGAGAACACCACUACAAGGGGUAUACUUCAGUACAAAUCCACAUCGCUGUCGUCGAGUCCCGUGAUGCCUUCUUUGCCCACGAUACAUGACACGCCCACUGCCCACCGUUUCUACACCAGCUUAACCAGCCUCCUCUUGCCGGGGCAGCCUACCGUCCCUCUCCAUGUUGACGAGCGCAUGUUCAUCACCAUUGGCGUAGGCACCCUUUGCAAAGGCGGCGAGGAAUGGUGCGAACUAAUUGCUGAUCGCUUGGUCGUUACAAGCAUGAAUAAUGUCUCAUUCCGGUUGCCGAAGAAGGUGUCAAUGCAGGAGGCACACUUUAAGAGUAUAGAAGGUGUAUUCACAACCGACUUCCCAAAUAAGCCGCCGCUGUUCUUCGAUUUUACUAAUGCAUCAUUGCACAACGGCACCAUAGAGGAGUCGCUGGAGCCGACAGCAAUUGGCACGAAGGCGAAGAAAUUAGAGUACAAUGCCACAGUGGAAAUUGUGUUGCAGAGUACUGCGAUAGUGGCGACACAAAAUCACCCUAUGCACAUUCAUGGGUUCAACUUCUUCGUGGUGGCGCAGGGGUUUGGAAAUUACAAUGAGCAAAAGGUGAGGAGUAGCUACAACCUCGUCGAUCCGCAAGUGAGGAACACGAUAGCCGUUCCGACAGGUGGAUGGGUGGUGAUACGAUUCACCGCAAAUAAUCCAGGAGUGUGGCUUAUGCAUUGUCACAUGGACUUGCACUUGCCAGUCGGGUUGGCUACAGCUUUUGUUGUUGAGAAUGGACCCACACCAGACAGCACUCUCCCUCCGCCGCCGGCAGAUUUCCCCCAGUGUUCAUCUUUGGAUGUAGCGAGAUCAGACAGCAUAUGGGACCAAGACAAGAGUGAUGGGAAAGAUAGUUAGUUAUCUUCGAUAAAUUAAAUUCAUACGUAUGUGGAGGAUUGUGAAAGGUAUGAGGUGAAGCAGCGAAUGUUCCGCAUAUCCUAGAGUACAAAGCAUUCUUAAGGUUCACUUUGAUGUCUGCAACUUUAAUAAUAGACGAUACGUGCAUCUUUAUUCCAUGUGUUGAACCUAGAUUUUGUACGUAGCACGCAUUGCCUUUUCUGUGUGCAACCAUGCCCUGUACUUUCAUUCGCCCUGUUUGGACGCAUAAACAUGUCAUUUGGUAUAUCCUUUUGAUUUAUUCAAGAAGGAUUCAACAUUUGGUAGAUAA